CUCUUCUUCAGAUAUUGCAGCUUUUCCAGAAAGCAUAAACAUUUUAGAUGGAGUAUCUGAAGAUGUGAGAACACCUGAUAAACUAAUUGAUAAUAUAAAUGAUACAACUGAUGGCAGGCACAUGUGGCUCUCACCAAUUCUUCCUGGCUUG